CUGCGUGCCUCACACUGCAUCCCCGCACAGAUGCCGCGUGAGGGGCCCGUUUGUGGCGGCCCGCAAACAUCGAUCAUGCAGCGCGUCUGGGCACCGUAUGAUCGUGAACGGGCCAGGCUUAGGCAACCUAGAGAGCCUGGAUGAUGCCUGAAGUGUAGCUGCGGGUGCAUAAAGCGAUGUGCUGGGCGAUGAUGAGGGGGCAGGGGUGCGGGAGAGGGGUAUCAAAAGGUAUGCCUGCCUCGGUGGAUAGAUUCUGGGACAUCUAACAAGACCGUUGUUGAUAGCCUUCCACAUGGAUUACACUACGACACCGGUUCCAUACUUACCUCGGCUCGGCCACCUCGCGUUUCUGGAUCUUGAGGUGGAAGAGCUGGACACCUCGAGUUUGCAAGCAAGGCUCAUUCAAUCACCAACACGAGAGUUCCUUCUCUCGAGACGAAGAAUAUGGGAUACAGCAACCAGAGAUGAGAUCGAUGCAGACACGCUACUGGCGGACCUCGGUCAUCUGGCCCCGUCGGUGGCUAAGGACUUCAUUUCCAAGGAACAUACCGAGGCCAGCUUCGCGUUCCGAUUGAUCAACGAUGUCGACUACCAUGGUGAGGAGGAGGGAUAUAUAGCUAUGAGCUAUUGCUGGAAGAAAAUGAACCGGGACACACCAAGGAAAGUUGUCGAAGACUUACCGUUCGCCUGGACUAGAGAGGUUGAACAAUUUCCCCUGCCGACUAGUGGGACUCUGUUCCAAGCCGUGCUCAAGGAGAAAAGUGCAAGAGAAGGGCUGUGGUUCGAUCAAGUUUGCAUCAACCAAGACGAUGAGGCAGAGAGAGCCACCAUCAUUGGUGCGAUUGACGCAAUCUACAAGAAUGCGAGAACUGUAGUCGUGGCUUUGGACGAUAUCGUGGCUACACCAGAAGAAGAACAGUUCCUUCGAAGCUACUUGGAUCAGUACAGCUACUCCGACUUGGCUAUCGACCAGCAACCUAAUGCGCACCAAAAUCCACCUUUCAUGUACCAACAUCCAGCAUUUGUUUCUUUCUUCGAGCGCUUCAUUCAGUCAGAGUAUUUUGAGCGGGCCUGGUGCGCGCAUGAGAUAAGGCUGGGACAGCAGCACGUCUUUCUCUUGCGUUGUUCGUCUCAGUACGUCGAUGAGGUUCAGACUGUGAUACGGUUUACAACAUAUUUUCUGCUUCAUAUGCUGGUUCUGGCGAGCGAGCUUCUCACAUCUACGCCUGCACAACAGACGAGGAUACGGACAUUACAAGACCUUCUCAUCGGACACAGCAGCACUCAGGGGAAAAAAGAUCUUGCAGUUCGAAGACCUGAUACUCCGCAGACACUAAACUUCGAGCCUGCCGCUUUUGUACCGAAAAUGGUGGAUACGUUCCAAAUGAAAGCAGGUGGCAAUCCACGAUUACCAGAAUAUCUGAGAAGACUGGAUGCCAAUCGAGACAAGACUUGCAUCGCUCUGAGCACCUCCAAGCUUCCCAUAACUCUGGCACCCUCCAACCCAUAUCAACGGCCAAAUAUUGAAGACGAGUGCCUUCGAUCACUAUUGCUCGUCGGGCUUGCUGCUCGAGACCCUGUCUGUCUUUGCACGACAGGCACACCACUGCAACUACACGACGGCUCAGUAUCCUGGCUCUCGAGACCUACAUCACUAGACACGCAUUCCAAUCGUUCAAUACCCCGGCGGUUUCCGCCAAGUUCAAAUCCAAUACGACAGUCUUCCGACGGCAGAGCAGAGUACGCUCAGCUCAAUCUUAUCUUCCUCGACCUUCCACAUCGCUCGAAUCCGAAUCCGCUUUUUCCAACUCACAUCGCACGAGCACGAUUGUUCAUCCAUCUUUGCAUACAAUUCCGCAUUCCCGGUCCGGGCAUGUGGGGCUUCUGGCAAGGCCCCGACCACCAGCGCGCUGCAUCAAUGUGCAACGCCUUCAUCCAAACCCUCGGCUGUAUCUUCAACUGCGGCCCGCAAUGGCUUCUGGAGCUCACCACCAGUCACAACUUCUCUCACAUAUCUACACUCGAACCUCACACUAUCGACAUGCUGCUCAACCCCCACCUCAUCAUCCAAAACUACAUCCUCCUCCCUGAAGGCCAAUCCGCACUAUCCUCCCUCCUCGCCUGCAUCUCAAGCAUCCUCAUAUCCGGCAUCCCGUGGGCAAGCGGCGCAACAGAACGCACUCACGGCCCGCUCAUCGUAUCCGCACCCACACCAUCCUAUCUAUCCAUCGACCCCACCUGCGGCAGCAAAGCAAUCAUCUUCGCCCCCUUCGUGCACAGCAAGACGCUGCUCAUUGCCAUUCCGGACGCGGUCAAGGCAGCGGAGUACGAUGGCUUGGCCAGAGCGUGGGUGCUCACGAGUAUGAACCCGUUUACCGGCAGUCCAAAACAGAGUGUGAGUUGGACGCUGCAGAGUAAGGGUGUGGUUUUUGGAGACGGGAAUUUUAAGGCGGGGUUGGCAAGAUGUGGGGAGGUGAGGUGUCAUCGGGUUUACGGGCCGAGUGGGCAGAUGAGUGCGUGAUUAUGGGUUCGGGAUGAGUGAUGCGAGGUGGUUGUCGUUUGGUGUGAACAAACGUAUGAGGUAUGGGUUUUUGUGAUGAUGAGGCUUGGAAAUAGGCAGACUGUGAUCUUGUUACGAUAGCGAAGUGUA